CAGCAGGCAGCAGGGGGGAAGGCGCUAAUGUAGGCUUUGAACAGGGAGGGCAACGGGGGGCUGCAGCAGCCCGCAGCUCGUGUUUUCGACGAUGACUUCGAGCCGAGGCGAGGCCUUUCACGAGACCACCAAUCUCCACGCGUGACCAAUGGAAUUCGCCAAACGGCAAUUUGGGGGAUCGGCCGAACCGCUGCUCAGUCCGUCGACAUCGUUGCCCCGGCGGAAACUGAGUCGUGCUUCGGACGUCCUGGACAGGAAAAGAAACCGUCUGCCCGGCCGAUCGGCAGGUUCCAGCUUUGUGGGACAGCGAUUAACCGGAGUGCCAGACGGGCAGCCGGGCCCCCAUGUCGCAUACCAGCCUCUCCUACAGGAUCCGGAUGUUUGGGCUAGGGGGUGGUUCAGAAAUACCAGAAGCACGAAGGAGCGUUCUCGUUCCUUGGGGCCUCGGAAAGGGAAAGAGGAGGAGAAAGGACGCCUCUGCCGACUCCGCGGCAUACGGAAACGCGAUGCCGUCUGCAGAGACCGUGUUAGAAAUCUAGCCCACACACGCGCAGCGGCAGCGGCACGACAUCACGAUCUCCGCCCCGAGUCAAGCCAGGGAUCCGCAGAGGUAUAAGCUUGUGGCUGGGAGAUGUCGAUGUUCACCGCACAUAGGGCCACAAUCUGUUCAGUUGAGCACCCCCCCCCCCCUCAAAAAAAAAAAAACAACCACUCUUUCCCGAGAUUGCGUAAUGUCUUACCUUCUUUUCCCGUGUUCGAGCUAGAGGCUUUCGACGCGGAGGCUGCUGCACCGUAUGCGC